CGUGAAGAAUUAACACUUCUGAGUUGAAAAAAAGUUCUAUAAAAACUGCUGAAACUGCUCUCGAAAUCAGAAUCUUCAUUCAAAGCGAGGCAUCUACUGGCUGACUCUCUGUAACAACCUUAAGACAUCGUAGGUUCAUAUACCGCUAAUCCAUCGAAAAAUCCUGAGGCUCGUAUCUAAAAACCUUUGUACGCGAUCAAGUUACAGUUUGCUACCAGCAUGGAAAAGGGAAUCAAAGAAGUAGAUGAGGUAUACCCUCAUGAGAGCCAGUCAAACUCGGUUCGUCUUACGACCAUUCGAUCCGUGACCAUCUUCUCAACCGUCGUCUUGACUAGCUUAGUGCUGGGAGGGUGUAUUCUUGGAGCCGUUUGGAUUGCUCAAGAUGGUGGCAAUCAGUGCACGGGGGAAGACGUCAUUUCUAGAGAAGAAGCAGGAAUUUUCGACCGUGAUAUGAUGAAGGAGACCAAGUUGGUGAUGGGAGAUGGUCGUAUCAUGACAGAACAGUUCGAGUACAUUCAAGCCAGUAAUACCCUUCUCAUCCAUACCCCACCCAGUAACUUCAGCGGCUAUUCUCGGGCUACCGUAGCAUUGGACUACGAUCGGUCCCUGGUCUUUGUCAACAUACACGAUGAAAACAUCUGCAUUGCAUUCCCAUGGCCUGCAGAAAUGGCUAACAACCUGAAAAAAUUCAUGUCCGGGGAGGGCGAGCAAAGUGAGGGUGAAGUGCUUGACCUCGUAGCCAGAGAGUUGACCGACAUGAACUUUGUGAACGUCGGCGAGAUCCCCGCGGGUUUCCUCCAAGGGUCUAGCGGUACAACUGUCGGGGCGCUGUGCGCUGGUAGACCCAGCUUCUGGUUGGAGGACAACAUGGUUGCAUCCAGAGAACGAAGAUCACUGGCGCGAACUGAUAUUCUUAUCAUCUGUUGGCCAGAGUGUUGUAUUGUCAUUAUAUUUGUACAAUAUUAUUAAUUAUAAAUAAAUUAGUCUUUGAGAGUGUAGUCCACUCUUGUUAACGUGGAUUUCCACUCCAACGUGAAUUUAUCCCCAAUAUGAAUCCUUAAAGAGUGGAUUUCUACACUGUACAUUUAGAAAGUAUAUCACCAGUCACCACAAUGUACCCUGCAUAUACUGAAAACAGAACUGGAGAAACUGAAAGGUCCACAGUCCUACCUUAAUUUGUAUAGGCCUAAUAGCGGCACCUUUGUCGGUAAAAAAAAACAAGGUGCUCUUGUGAUUAUUAUAUGAAACUCAAUGUCUAGUCCAUAACAAGUAACUAUUGCAUUAACCUCGUACAUUUGUUCAAAUUUUAAGUUUUAUUUACUAUUAGCAGAUUAAGAUAGUAUAACAAUGGAGUAAUACACUAACGUUUAUAGCAUAUUUUGUAUGUAUUUUACUUUGUAAGUUUAUUUGUAAUUGUUUGUCAUUGCAUUUUGUUUGUUAUAGCGCUUAAAGACUUUAUA